AUGUCAAGACUAGAAAUAUACUCACCAGAAGGGCUACGUCUUGAUGGACGUCGAUGGAAUGAACUCCGUCGUUUUGAGAGUUCCAUAAACACACAUCCGCAUGCUGCCGAUGGUUCAUCCUACAUGGAACAAGGUAACAACAAAAUUAUUACUCUUGUUAAAGGCCCAAAAGAGCCAAGGUUGAAAUCUCAAAUGGAUACCUCAAAAGCUCUAUUGAACGUAUCAGUGAACAUCACAAAGUUUUCCAAAUUUGAAAGAAGUAAAUCAAGUCACAAGAAUGAAAGGCGUGUUCUUGAGAUACAAACCUCCCUGGUGAGGAUGUUUGAGAAGAACGUAAUGCUGAAUAUUUACCCCAGAACAGUUAUCGAUAUCGAGAUUCACGUCCUUGAGCAAGAUGGUGGUAUUAUGGGCUCUUUAAUCAAUGGUAUCACUCUCGCUCUAAUAGAUGCUGGUAUAUCAAUGUUUGAUUACAUAAGUGGUAUCUCGGUCGGGCUGUACGAUACUACCCCAUUAUUAGAUACCAAUUCAAUAGAAGAAAAUGCUAUGAGUACAGUGACACUAGGUGUAGUAGGGAAAUCAGAAAAACUUUCUCUUUUAUUGGUAGAAGACAAAAUUCCGUUGGAUAGAUUGGAGAAUGUUCUGGCCAUCGGUAUCGCAGGUGCUCAUAGAGUAAGGGAUUUGAUGGAUGAAGAACUGAGGAAACAUGCUCAGAAAAGAGUCACUAAUGCCUCUGCUAGGUAG